UACAGUUUAAAAGCGGUUCGUGCAACGUUACUGCAUCAGUUACUCAAACGAUUUCAAUCAGCAUGGAUUCUCACGUUCAGCAUGAACUCGCACGUAACAUCAUGGGUAGAACAUUUGCGUUGACUCCGACAGCGUACAAAUUUCUUGAGAUUGGGAUCGCCGUGGGAUCGAUGUCUCACGUGGAAAUUGCGAUUAGUGAUACCCGAGGCAACCGCAUCAUCCUACCGCACGCGACGUGGACAGCGUUCGUCGAAAAACGGGCGGAUAUAGAAAGAUUGGUGCAAUCGACUACACCAUCAUCAUCGUUGAUGAUUCAAGACCUUGUAAUGGAACUUGUCAAAAUACGUGAUGUGAACACUGUGAAAUUAUCUUUAUGUGACAAGUGUAUGUAUAUGAAACCGUCGACUGUAGAGGAGAGGCCCCUAUUAUGA